CAGCAUCCGGCCGUUCUUCCCGGACAGGUGAGCCGCUGUUCGGCUUCAGCAACAGCUCGGUGACCGCACAACGCUCCCGGUCGUCGGAUCUGACCCCCGCAGUCUUCACGGCGUCGUUCCGCCUCGGAGGCUUCCGCCAGAAUGACCAGUCUGAAGGGCUUCCAGGCGCAGCUGGCAUCCAUCAUGGAGGCGCUGACCCGCGCCGCGGUGGCGGAGAUCUGCGGGCUGGUGGACGACGGCUACGCCGUCCUGCAGCUGGAGAUCUCCCGCAGCCACAAGGAGAACGAGGCGCUGCGGAGGAAGCUGGAGCUCAUCGAGUCCAUCAUCGCCCGGGGCAGCCGCCGGAGGGACGGCGCGGCGAUGGACUGCGGCGGGCCGGGGGAGAAUGAGGAGGCUGGCGGGGGACCGGAGGACGCUACAGCCGAGUUUGCUUCAGAAGCCGAUCGCUCCUUUAAGGACACCAAGACCUCCGACUUCAGAGCACACGGAUCAGUUCCAGCGUUGGAGCCGACUGCCGAGGUUUCUUCAGCAGCGGCUGUAGAGGAGCCGUUCCGGACGGAUCAGGACGUUGUUGUGAUCAAGGAGGACAGGGAGGAGGAGGAGGAGGAGGAGAAAGAUGUCCUCAGAGCUGAGCAGCUGCUUCUGAAGGAGGACGGGACGGAGGCGGCGCCUUCGGAACCAGGCCUCCACGAGGACGGCCCGUCCGGGAUGAGGAUCUCCGACAUCCGGUCCUGGGACCAGAACAGCUCCUGCAGCGCCCAGGAGUCUCCGGGCCCUUCGGGGGCCGCCGAGAGCAGCUCCGCGGAGCUGGACUUCGCCUCGGAGUCGGACAGCGGCGCUCCGUCGGCGGCGGAGAUGAGGAACACGUUCCUGCUGAGGACCGGCGGGAGUCCGGCGCCUCUGGCCGGGAUGCCCGACCCGAAACGAGGCUCCGCCCUGAUGGGGUCGCUCCCCUGCGACGUGGAGCUGGAGCCGGGCUCCUCCUGGGGCGGCCAGGGCCUGCCCGGCAUGGUGCCGGUCGCCCACCGCUCCGUGCUGCUGGCCCUCGGCGGAUCCAGACUGGACCCGCUGGAGCUCGGCAGGUUCUGCAGGGACCAGCGCUUCGCCUGCAACUACUGCGGCAAGUGCUUCACGUCGUCGCGGAGCCUGGAGACGCACGUGCGCGUCCACACGGGCGAGCGGCCGUACAGCUGCGCCCAGUGCGGGAAGCGCUUCACGCAGUCGGGCCACCUGAAGACCCACCAGAGCGUGCACACGGGCGAGCGGCCGUUCCCCUGCGAGCACUGCGGCAAACGCUUCGCCGCCAAGCAGAACCUGAGGAUCCACCAGCAGAAGCACCACGCGGGUCCGCUCUGACUGUGAGGGGCGGAGCCGGGCGGGGACAGACCGGGGUUACUGUGAGCGGCGGAGCGCAGGGGGGGGGGGCCAAGCCUUUUAUUUAUCGGUUUUUUUCAUGACGUUUCCGUGGUUUAAGCUCAUCCAGACUUCCUCUCACUGCCUUUUUUAUAGGGCUGGGUAUCAUCUAGGAUGAGCCGAUUCGAUACGAUUCUCGAUACACAGCUC